GCUUGGGCAGCAGUCAGAAAUGCUUGGCACCCAUCAAACUUCUGUCCUCAGGAGAAGAUCGGCUGGCGAAAGGAUGCACUGCAUUUGCUAGUGUUCACUACGGACGACGUGCCCCACAUCGCGCUGGAUGGAAAACUGGGGGGCCUGGUACAGCCACAUGAUGGCCAAUGCCACCUGAACGAGGCCAAUGAGUACACUGUGUCCAAUCAGAUGGACUAUCCAUCCCUUGCCUUGCUUGGAGAGAAAUUGGCAGAGAACAACAUCAACCUCAUCUUUGCAGUGACAAAAAGCCAUUAUAUGCUCUACAAGAAUUUCACAGCCCUGAUACCUGGAACAACAGUGGAGAUUUUACAUGGAGACUCCAAAAAUAUCAUUCAGCUGAUAAUCAAUGCGUACAAUAGCAUCCGGUCUAAAGUGGAGGUGUCCGUCUGGGAUCAGCCUGAGGAUCUUAAUCUCUUCUUCACUGCUACCUGCCAGGAUGGUGUGUCCUACCCUGGCCAGAGGAAGUGUGAAGGCCUGAAGAUUGGGGACACGAAACCCAAGCUCACUUGUAAGGGCCCAGCCUCCCCCUUAUGCCUCUCUGCACCCCCUUUCUUAACUGAGGUGCUCGGCUCCCCGCUGUCCAUCAGCACACUGGGUUGCUCGGAGCAGACAUUUCUGCUUGGUUUUCUUCCAGUGAAAGAUGACCAAGAGGCUGUGCUUUGUUUCUACAAAACCGCCAAGGACUGUGUCAUGAUGUUCACCUACGCGGAGCUCCCCAGCGGGAAGUCCAACCUGACGGUCCUCAGGGAGCCAGAGUGUGGAACUGCCCCGGAUGCCACAACCAUCCUCCUGGCCGUGGUGGGCAGUAUCCUCCUGAUUGGGAUUGCGCUCCUGGCCAUCUGGAAGCUGCUUGUCACCAUCCAUGACCGGAGAGAGUUCGCAAAGUUCCAGAGCGAGCGGUCCAGGGCCCGCUAUGAGAUGGCUUCCAACCCUCUGUACAGAAAGCCCAUCUCCACACACACCGUGGAUUUCACCUUCAACAAGUUCAACAAAUCCUACAAUGGCACAGUCGACUGACAGCUCCUUUUCCUUGGAGGACCAGAGGGGGCUGACGAGAAGUCAGAGACUGAUAUGCGUUGGACAGCCGCUCAGCUAGAUCACGGCCCCCUAGAGGGACGAGCACAGACAGCUUCCCGUGAGCCUGGGCCAGGAGCCCACUCCCUGCACCGGAAGGCGGCCAGUGUGUCACCUGGCUGCCCGGCCACAUCCACGCCAGACAGCCACCCCUCCAAGCCCAGGAAAAGGCCCGGGACCUUGGCGCUCUCAGCUUUCCGCACCACAUCCAGCUCGACAUCUCCGGGCACGGCUGGGGGCCUAGGCCGCCUCUCCCUUCCAGGAGGGCUGAGCCUCCAGCCUGGCCAGAGGAGAAGGCUCUUGGGAGCAUCAGAGUGUGCAAAACCAACACACGCUCUGGCUUCUGUCGUGUUGAUCCUUUUUAUAUGAAAUAAAAAGAUCAUGCAUUUAUGGUAUAGUUCUGAUUACUGCGAACUGUCUGCCUGAUAUCUAUCCUUGCACAGGGGUGUGUCGGUGGUGGGAUUGUUGAGAUGCCUGCUGAAGGCGCAUAGUUGCAAAUGUCAGUUUUCCAAUUCUGUCCGUGUUCGUUUAGUACUUUUGUAACGAAAGGGGAAAAGUUUGGGAUUGAAAGUAAAGACUAAACCAAAAGA